CGAGUUCAUACUCCUUCUCCCCCGCCAUCCUUGACUAACUGCUUUUAUCUUUUUACCCUCGUUGACGGUACCUUAUGCAAAUUGUCGAGACGUGAGAAAGCAUUGUGAACAAAAUGUCCAAGUGCGUCCACAAGGGUUGUGGGAAGGUCUUUACCGAUCCCGAAGAGCCAUGCGUCUAUCAUCCUGGACCGCCGGUCUUCCAUGAAGGUCAAAAGGGCUGGAAAUGCUGCAAACCCCGCGUUCUCACCUUCGAUGAAUUCCUCGAAAUCCCCCCCUGUACUACAGGCAAGCACUCGACUGUAGACGAUACCCCAGUCGAGCCACCAAAGAACACCGCGCAGAUUGCCGAUGAACCACAACUCGUUGCCCCCCAGCCGGUGGCUGCACCUGUCGCAAAUAGCGGGGUACCACGGUCGACAUACUCGCCCGCCAUUGCCCCUCCCUCGAACACAGCUUCACCCGCCCCCGAAGAAUCAGAGUCCGAUGAUCCGUCUCUUGAUAUUCCGGUUAAUGCCACUUGCCGUCGGAGGGGAUGCGGUGCAGGCCACAACUCGUCCGUGUCGCGAGAGGAGGAGAAGUGUGUCCACCAUCCCGGACAGCCGAUCUUCCAUGAGGGGAGCAAGGGAUGGUCGUGCUGCAAAAAGAGGGUUCUGGACUUCGAUGAUUUCCUGAAGAUCGAAGGGUGCAGGGAGAAGAAGAGGCAUCUCUUUAUUGGAAAGGGCAAGCCCGCUGGUGAAGAGAAGGUGGAGACUGUCAGGAAUGACUUCUACCAAACACCGCACUCGGUUAAUGUCUCACUAUACCUUAAGAAGAUCGAUAAAAACCAGGCGAAGGUCGAGUUCUCUGCUCAGUCGAUCAACCUGGAUCUCCCCACUACCGAUAACAAGCGGUACAAAGAUACAUAUAAGUUGUUCGCGCCGAUUGAUCCCGAAAAGUCACAGUUCAAAGUCUUGGGAACCAAAUUGGAAUUGACGCUGGUUAAGGCUGAUGGGGCAAGCUGGCCCGUGUUGCGGAGCGACGAUAAGUGGAGUGGUGAGAGAAUUCAAAUUGGGAAUGCCGCGAGGGCCUGAGAUUACUCUAUAACAUAUAAUUGUGACAUGGAAAACGCAUAUAUUUCACGACAUACUUCUCCAAGUGUAAGAGAUAGUAUACAUUCGCCAUGACGUUUCGUGAUGCCACUAAUCUAGGACUAGUUAUAUUGGUAAACAAUAGGCUAUCGCAGUUGAGAAAAUGGCUACCUUCGAUGUCAUUAUUUCUUGUCUGAUGGGAGGGGAGGGAUAGACCCCUGAAAGUAAGGGCGAACCUUAUACAAUCCUCUCCAAACGGCCGUAUUGUGAUUGAACUUGUCCAACGCCGAAUCUCUCAUAGCAUUCCGUUUGUGCAAUCUUCUGGAUGACCACAAGGUAAAGGGAUAUGGGAGAUAGGAAGGACCCCAUUCUGAAUUAUAUCAUACUCUAACGUAAGCUUGGCCAUGUCGAGCUAUAACGAGCAUACUAUUCUUAGCGCAGCAGCCAGACGAUUCGCCUUUACAUUUAUCAUUCACGAGGCUUGUAAAAUAUCGAACUUGGCCGUAUAGUAAGUAGUAGAACGACUGUAUUUCGACUAAUAUCAGACAGGAGAUUUGGCGGGAAGAAAGACGAGAAAAGGCAAAAAAAGAUUGCUCGCACUCGGAUUCGAACCGAGGAUCUCAUGAUUACUAGUCAUGCGCUUUACCAAC